CUUGACACAGUUGGAUGAACAAACUGCAGCCAGACUGGCGCCGCUAAGCUAACGAGGCAGACACGGACAACUUCUACCCGAUUUUACUGCAGCACGAACAGUCCCGUGUUUUUCUAAACUCAGCUGCACGCGAGAAACAUCCAGAUCAGAAGCAGGUCGCUGAUUUUGCCUCUUCUCGCUCCGAUGAUGAGAAGUUUGUGAUCUACCUGCCGUACAGCUGAAUAGUGUUUCUUCCUGAUGAUGUGAAACUGAGCCAACAACACACAAACUCUCAGAAAGUCUAUUCAGGGACACAAACCAAGAUGUCUAUCGCCAGCACUCCCACCAGCAACGAUGCCUGCCUGAGCAUCGUGCACAGCCUGAUGUGUCACAGGCAGGGUGGCGAGAGCGAGACGUUCGCCAAGCGGGCCAUCGAGAGCCUGGUGAAAAAGCUGAAGGAGAAAAAAGAUGAGCUGGACUCUCUCAUCACCGCCAUCACCACCAACGGGGCCCAUCCCAGCAAGUGUGUGACCAUCCAGAGAACGCUAGACGGAAGGCUGCAGGUGGCAGGACGAAAAGGGUUCCCGCAUGUCAUCUAUGCCCGGCUGUGGAGAUGGCCCGACCUGCAUAAGAAUGAACUGAAGCACGUCAAAUACUGCCAGUUUGCCUUUGACCUCAAGUGUGACAGUGUGUGUGUCAACCCCUAUCACUAUGAGAGAGUGGUGUCUCCAAGCAUAGACUUGUCAGGACUGACCCUGAACAAUUCUGGAUCCAGCUCAGGAAUGAUAGUAAAGGAUGAGUACGAUUUUGACGGACAGCCGAGUUUUCCCUCCCUCGACGGGGGGCACUCCUUCCAGACCAUCCAGCACCCCCCAUCAGCCAGCCGGCCGGUCCCCUCUGAGGCGUUUGCAUCCCCAAACCUGCUCCCUCCUGCUGAGGCCUCCACGUCCGCCUCAUCAUCGUCCUUCCCUGCCAUCGCUGCUGGGUCAGGCGGUGCCAGCUCCACCUGGUCCAGGGGCAGCAGUUUCACCCCCAACACGCCGCACCAUACCAACGGUCAUCUACAGCACCACCCUCCUAUGCCAAAUCCAACACACUAUUGGCCGGUGCACAACGAGCUCGCCUUUCAGCCUCCUAUAUCCAAUCAUCCAGCUCCUGACUACUGGUGUUCCAUUGCCUAUUUUGAGAUGGACGUUCAGGUGGGGGAGACGUUUAAAGUUCCCUCUUCUUGCCCCAUCGUGACAGUGGACGGUUAUGUGGACCCGUCGGGAGGCGACCGGUUCUGUUUGGGUCAGCUCAGUAACGUACAUCGCACUGAGGCCAUCGAAAGAGCCAGGCUUCACAUCGGUAAAGGGGUCCAGCUGGAGUGUAAAGGCGAGGGAGACGUGUGGGUGCGAUGCCUCAGUGACCACGCUGUGUUUGUCCAGAGUUACUACCUGGACAGAGAAGCGGGCCGGGCCCCCGGAGACGCUGUUCACAAAAUCUACCCCAGCGCAUACAUCAAGGUGUUUGACCUUCGACAGUGCCACAGACAGAUGCAGCAGCAGGCGGCCACAGCUCAAGCAGCAGCUGCAGCUCAGGCAGCAGCUGUGGCUGGAAAUAUACCAGGACCUGGAUCAGUUGGAGGCAUCGCUCCAGCUAUUAGUUUGUCAGCGGCGGCCGGUAUAGGGGUAGACGACCUGCGUAGGCUGUGCAUCCUGAGGAUGAGUUUUGUUAAGGGCUGGGGACCAGACUACCCCCGCCAGAGCAUCAAGGAGACCCCAUGCUGGAUCGAGAUCCACCUGCACAGAGCUCUCCAGUUACUGGACGAGGUUCUGCACACGAUGCCUAUAGCAGACCCUCAACCUCUGGACUAAACUGUUUCUAACUGCAGCAGUGUACUGAACCAGUGUAAGAGCCGUGAAGCUGUGACCCUGAAACUGUCCCACAUGAGAAAAAUCCUUUUGAGGUGUGUUUGAGGCUCUGGGAGGAAAAGUAAAUCCAGUCACAGCAAAGCCAUAUAUGACAGAUAUGUCCACCUAUAUUUCUGAUAGAUGGCUUUGAGUUGUGAUUGUGAGAGUGGAUAAGAUAUCACAAGUAGCUGCAAUCCUAAAGCACCCCAGCAUGCACAUAGAAGACCUGCAGGUCCCAUUAAAACUGGGAUGUUACACAGACUAAUCAUCGUCCCAGUAGUCAAAACCAUCAACGACUGACAGGUAUAGGAGUCAAUGAACAACAGGAACAUGUGAGCACUGUGCAGCUGAGACGCCGCACACAGAGGCUCUCGUAUCUAGUGUCUGCUGCUGCCUUUCUGCCUAUCUCCUCUCCUCAGCUGUUCCACACUGAUCUACACCUGGGAGGACGAGCGAGUUCAGUCAUGUCGUCAGGAUGAACAGAAAAUCACUCGCGCUCUGAGCGGCAGGGAUCUCUGCUGGAUGUCUCGCUGAUCGCUGCCUCUCAGCCCCCGAGGACCAGCCUGCUGGAUCAGGUCGUUCACAGACAUCCACUAACGUCAAACUGAAACAAGUCAAGACGAGGGGCUUUUCUGUGUCAGGUGUUGCCAAUUUAAAGGGUUGGAUUUUAAAAGAUUGUUUAAUUUCAGUGCCUGGUGGGUGUCCAUUGACAAAUCCUCUUCUUUAAUUAGACAAGAUGUAGAUUAAAUCAUUCUGGGGAAAAGAGAGCGAUGACAAGAGGCCCAUAGAAGCAGUUUCCAUCAGGUGCGGUUACUGUUUUGAAAAACACUUUGUCAUGCUGUCGCAAAAGAUACAUCUCAUUGGCUCUCACUGAAUUCCUUUUUGCCUAUUCUCCCUUUGCUGCUGAGAGCAGAAAAGGAAAAGGCUGAGAUUCUUCUGGCUCAAUAAGCGUGAAGUAAAGAGGACAGACAUUUGAGCUCAGAUGGCUGAGAUUCUGGUUACAUCCACAUUUCUAUGGUUUCGUUUUAAAAAGCAUCAACUCUGCUACCAGGCGUCCACACUACUCUGGAGUGCUCGGGCUGCUAAAACAGAAGUUCAGAAAUGCUGCUGACCCCGUUAUAGUUUGAUAACUCUGGUUUCAGUCUGGUCGGGGGAAACGGUGAUGUUUGGACAGUUGACACAGUCGCUUGUCGAUCGGGUCCUUUCGGUCAUGACGUAGCCUUCGCUGUAGUAGUAUGGAUGAAGCUGUAUCACAGGACAAGGGACACAGUUUAUCAAUUGUCUCGUCCAGUCCGCUGCUGGAGUUUAUCCAACGUUUGUUAAAAUGUAGGUUUUCUCUCAUUUUUAUUUUAUUUUUUUACUUGUAUUCGUUUAGAUUUUAUUGAGUUUUAUCUUCAGGCACACCUGACAGCCUGUACACAUACGUUUUUAAUCGGUGCAGCCCACGGUCUUGAUCCAGGUCUCUUGUUUUAGUUGGUUUACAGCAAUGUGAGAUAUUCUACCAGAUUCCCAGGCAUAUUGAUAUAUUUUAUUGGUUUUUAUUUUUGUUACUUUUAUUAAUUGCAUUAUAUUUUUGUAGCACUUUACUUUUUUCUCUUGAUUUGAAUGAAAUAACCUUUAUUUUGUGACAUGAAUAAUAAGGGAGGGAAUAAGUUGGCGUAUAGUUGACAUAGGAUUGUUAGCAGCGACAACAUUGUGAUGCAAUUGUUUAAAAAAAAUACAAAUAAUCAGUUUUCACUCUAGACAUUUACACUAAUCUUUAGGGAUUCUUUGAGUUGUCAUUUUUCUUAUUGAUUUGCAGUUUUUUUCUGUUUAAUCCAUGUAAAUAACUUUUUUUUUAAAUGCACGUCGAUGUUUGCAUGAACUUUUAAACGCAAAUCGAUCUUUUUAUCCCCACUCCUGUAUUUGACAUGGGGUGCGUCACUCUGGAAUCUGGACGAGGUGAAGAGAACAUAAACACAGAGCGAAGCUACAUGGCCACAAUUCAUGUAAAUGAUUGAAUUUUAUUAUAAAAUCUCGACUUUUUAGCAGCAGAGCUCUUACAAAAGAUGUCUCCCAAGAUCAAAUUUUGUAAAAAUGUAUUAGCUCCUUCAGUAAAAUGAGUUCAAACAUAUUGUCUCUUUCUGUGCUGAUGUUUUCACGGGUGACACAAGAUUUGAUUUUGAUUUCAGCACGAGUGCCCUGCGCUGCAUGUGAUACCCUAUGUUACACUGCUUUUAAAGGCUCCUCUCAUAGAAUACACAGUGUCAUUAACAUACAAACGCUUCAUUCAUUCUCCUCUUGUUGAGACUCGCAAACAUCCGAUCAUGUUCGAUAUUUUUUACUCCAAGUCUACACAGAUUUUAAUUUUUUUUUGCACACUGUUUUAGUUGGUUAGAGCGACAAAGUAUUGGGGCCAUAUCGUAGGGAAGAAAUUCAGAUAUUUUGAGAAUACUUUUACUAGAAAGUGGUCGUGAUUGAGACAAAAGUUUUAACUUAAUGAGGGAAAAAAGGUUGUAUUACCAAUAGAGGAAAUACCCAGAGAGGAGAACUCAGGCUCUCCAGAGUUCCACUUCCACAAUGACUACAAUUAGUUUUAUCUUCGAAAAAUAACUUAUUAAAAUAACUAAUAUUAUUCUCAAAGUCUGUGUUUUUCCCCUUUAAGUGGCCCUAAGUCACUGUUGACUUAGAUUUGUUCUAGGUUAAGUUUGGGUCUUUUCAUCAGAGGACAUUUAUGUUUGUUUCCUGCAGAGUGAUUCUUCAUGUCCUCUGUUCCAUUCUCCUGUUUCACUAAAGCUAAAAAAAAAAAAAGCAUUGUUCAAGGGGUUUCUACAUCAGGGAGGAAAAGAGUCUACGCUUAAGGUUUAUUCACAUAAUUAUGCAUCUGAUUUAUCGAGUGGAAAGAAGAGGUAUUUGAAAGAAAUGAGGCAGAACUCUGGAGAAACUGUUAUUUCCUGUUUGACUUUGCGCUGGACAGAGGUUUUCUAUUAGGAGACUGAACACACAGUUGGGAUGAACUGAUGUUGACUACUAUGACAGAAGAAUUUUAACUGUAUUUCUUAUGUGAGAGUCUAUAAUUAAACAUGGCCUGAUAUUC